AUGACAGCCCCUCCAACGGCGGCCCAGGCGCUCUCUGCUCCUGCUCAUCAAAUCUCCUUCUUGGAGAAGUUGGACGUUUUCGCAGGUCUUCUAUCACUCGCUGGAACGGCCUUUUACACGGCGGCGACGGCCCCAUUCCGUGGCGAAUCAGGAGCUUAUACAUACGGGCAGCAUAUCAGUUUCGCCAUCGUACGAAAGUUGAUGAAAAGGUUCAGCACGCUGCAACUACAGUAUAUCGGGCCCCCCUUUUCUGAAAUCUACCAGAAGUGGUGUAAAAGCGUUGGCAUCCAGCCGCAACUCGUCACUCUGAAAUCUGGGUGCAAAGCAUUCUGGGUAGGCGAUCCAAAGACAGCCAAAUACGUCUGCGUGUAUUUCCACGGAGGCGGCUUCUCACUCGACGGAGAUGACACCCAUCUCACAUUUUGGCACGGCGUUCAGAACGACCUCAAAGCCGACAAAACCUCCAUCGCGUUUUUGUUCCUGGAGUACACGCUCGUGCCACAUGGGACGUUUCCAAAGCCGAUUUACGAAGCCGUCGAAUCGGUGAAAUACGUCAUGGAAGACCUGAAACGCCCAGCUUCCGAGAUCCUCCUCGCUGGCGAUUCCGCCGGCGGGAACAUGUGCCUUGGAGUCCUGUCACAAAUUAUGCAUCCAUCCUCUGAAUUCCCGGAGCUCAAAUUGGCCGAUGGGGAGAAGCUCAAGGGCAUUGUGGCGGUGGCCCCGUGGACCACCUUCAAGCUUGACUGGGCCAGCGAACAGAGGAACCGUUACAAGGACAUUGUCACUCGUUACGCUGGUGACAUGUGGGCGAGGGACUACCUCGCAGGAAAGCCGUCUACGCCCUUUGCAGAGCCGCUCAAUGUUCCGGCAGACUGGUGGAGAGAUUCCAGGGUUGAAAAUAUGCUGGUUGUAGCUGGCUCAAACGAGAUCUUGGUCGACUCUAUUGAUCAAUGGGUGGAAAAGUACAAGUCCGUCAACCCGGACUCCAUAACCUACGUGGUUGGUCCGAAUGAGGCACAUAUUGCCCCCAUUAUUCACCUCCGGUUUGGUGACAAGGCUGAGACGGAGCAAGGAAAGGCUAUCAAAUCGUGGCUCAAGGCAAAACUGUGA